AUGGAUAUGCAACCGUCCCCACGGAACAAUGGCAGUGGCUCGUUGGAAUCAGAUCUUGCUCGAAAGCGAGAUCACAGUGGUGCAGAUAUGCCUGCACCUAAAAGGCAACGAACAAUCCUUGCCUGCAACCGUUGUCGCGCAAGGAAAGUCAAAGUCAGUGCUCUGUUUAACCCUACCCUACCCAUUAAUGUUGGCGCUAAAAUGAUCCAUCAGUGCGAUGGAGGGUAUCCUUCGUGCUUCCAUUGCCAGGAUACCGAUGCGCGUUGCGAAUAUCGAACACCUCAUCGCGAACAACAAGAGGCUAUUCCAGACAACACCCUGAUACUUGAGCAGCGGCUCAAGGCUUUGGAAGAUACUGUCCAACGACUUCGAAAGACAUCAUGUUCGACGGCAGAAGAAUCCGAUGAAUCCGACACUCCAGAACUAGUUAUCCAGGACCUGCCUGAAGACUUUACCCAAGUUCAGUAUCUAUGUUCCAGUAGUGCUCAAGAUGGCAUAGGUAGCACUGGCGAAGAGUUCUACGGUCCUUCUUCCAACAUUUUCUAUCUUAGGCAGAUACUGGGAGAAGUUGAUUCCACGACCCUGUCUUCCUUCCGUGGCAUGGACAGCAAAAUUUCAGAGUUCAUCAAGCCAGAAUGCUCCCCGCCAGCAGCAGUGUUUCACAUGGAGUCAGUCCCAGUAGCUAAACAUACUGAUAAUGAGGGUCUUUAUGUCCUUCCCCCAGAUCAUGCAACCAGGUCCCUCGUCGAGCUUUUCUUCCGGGACUAUGGUUCGAUGAACCCAUUUCUCGACAAAGCUACAUUUUUCCACACUCAUGUUGAUCCCAUCUACAAGUCAACACUCCCCCCGGACGCAUCUAAGCUGGCGUUGCUCGAUAUGGUCCUAGCAAUAGCUACGGCGUCGAGUAUUGACUCGAUAACGCCGACUACAAGGAGAUUUUUCAUUUCGAGACUUUUCUUUGAACGGUCCAAAAGUUUGUUAUCAAAGGAUGACUUAGCAUGCGGCAAUCUUGAACAAGUCCAGUCCUACCUGUUGAUGAGCCAGUAUUUGCAAAGCACUGAUCGGUGUUCGGAUUCAUGGUCGACAUAUUCCAUGGCCGUCCAAAAGGCCCUCCGCCAGGGCCUCCACAAUGUGGACUACCUAGCCAAGGAUUUUGCCGCUGAAAGAGAGGCCAAAAGACGAACUUGGCAACUGUCGCCUUUUCAAUGCAUUUUGGCCGUCCGUCUCUGUUGGGGCCUUAUGUACAACGAGCUGAUUACUUCCAAGCUGUACGCAAUCCUAGGACAGAUUGUUAACACAGAAUAUUUCCAGAGCCCAAAGCCUCUCGACCUAUCUCGAUUCAUGGAUAUUAUAGCAUCCAUUGCCUGUAUGAGCCAAAAGCUUGACGAAUGGCUUGAUUCAUUACCGGAGGAAUGGCGGGCAGCGAUCAUAGACUCCUCUGCUGCCCCAGUGGAUGAAGCUAAUUCCCAAAACAAUUUAUAUAGGGUCCUGGGUUUGCGGUAUCACAACGUCCGCCUUAUGCUACAUAGGCCAGCUCUUGUACUUGUGCUAUCGGCUGUGGGGAAAUUAGCCAACUCUAACGACAUAACCCCAACGUCUAGACGGCAGAUUCUUAUGUUCUCCAGGCCUAGUCUUGAAACAAGUAUCGAUUCGGCCGAAGCUAUUGUCGCCACGAUCAACGCGUUUGAAGGCGGAAAACCUGGUCCAGGAAUGUGGUGGACAUUGAUCCAGAUUGUUUACAACGCGGCACUGACAUGCUUCGCUUUGAUAUGUCUGCAGACAAGGGAUGCUGCUUUUGGAGGAUCGCAGGCCGCCUUCAAAGCCCGGGUAUACGUCGACCUCGCUAGACAGGCGUUCUGCAAGUUGGUACCUGACCAUCCUGCUGUGGAGAGAGCCUCGAGUUUUCUGCGGCACAUAGCUCGGCUCUGCGACCAUAUAGUCCAGCAGAAUGUCAGCACAGUCUUGAUAGACUCUGUCCUAAACAUCCCAUUAAGUCAAGCCGACACUGAAUACCUGGGCCCCGAGUCAUUCCCAUUCGACUUUUCGAUGUUCGAACCCCUUGAUGAUCCGUUGUUCACGAAUCAUCAGAGUAUCUCUGAGGGAGACACUGAUGUGGGCAUCGCGAUCAACUAG